AUGGAUCGCCCCAGCUACCUGGAAGAGGACUAUUCUAGCCUGGAUGGGCUGGACGAUGACGUGUUUCACUCUGAUGACUUUGGACUUGCAGGUCAGCCUGGUGAGAUGACUGCAACUGGCAUUUUCACACAGAACCAGUCCUACAGCUGCCUUCUGGGGAGGUUUCAACUAUUCCCCCUCACACACUGCUGUGGUCCCGGUAUCAGGCAUCCUGAGCAGCAGGACAAGGCAACUCAAACACUCAGCCCGUCCUCUUCCAGUCAGGAUGUUAUGUUGCCUUGUGGAGUCACUGAAGAGCCCCGGAGACUCUUCUAUGGCAAUGCUGGUUACCGUUUACACGUCCCUCCAGUUGGCUUUGCGUUGGAUCCGCACCUCCAAGAGGAGCCUCAGGAAGGUCAGCGGGAAGCACGUGCCGAGGUGCAGAUCGCACGGAAGUUGCAGUGCAUUGCCGACCAGUUCCACCGGCUCCACAUACAGAGGCAUCAGCAGAACAGAAAUCAAGUGUGGUGGCAGCUUUUUCUCUUCCUACACAACUUGGCCUUAAACGCGGAGGCGAACAGGAACCACACUGGGCAGAGGUGA